GCUUUCGCCACCACAGUCCGGCAUCGCGUCGUGUAUCGCGCACACAUAGAGCUAUCUCCCGACUCGCUUUUUACCCUACCUCAAUAUGUCGAUAAGAUUCGGACGCAGUGGCAAAGGCUACGACAGCUCCCAGGUCAUGAAGACCGCCGAUGACGACUGGAGACAAGUCGCCGAUCUCGCCGAGCGUCGAAAAAUCCAGAACCGUCUGGCCCAGCGCAACUACCGCCGCAAGCUCAAGGAGAGACUCGAGGAGCUCGAGAACCGGGCAGGCGGUUCCUCGGUGAUCUCCGCUACUAGCACCAACACCACCGCCGCGAAGCCUGCCAAGCAACAGCAGCAGAGAGCCACUGCACCUAGCGGAACAACUUCGGGCCGUGUCACCAAGCGGACUCGCGCCAACAGCGCACGGACCAUCCGCACCAAGCCCGACGAGUGGAGGUUGCAACUGCCCCGCACCCGAUCUGCCGAGCCUCGAUCAGCCACCACCGCAUCCGAUACCUCGCCCACCACCCCGACCGCCCCCGCCUUCCCCUUCUCCGCGUCGCGCUCGGCCUCGAGGAACUACUACGCAGGCGACUUCGGCCCCCUGUUCACCAAUGUCGAUGCCCGAUCCGUCGAGGCCACUUCGGGCGGCUUCCAGGCCGGCUCCUGGGGCCAACACCACAACCAACACCAACACCACUACGCCCACAGCGACUACCUCAGCAGCUCCCCGGAGCUCGGCUGCACCUCGCCGCGCCAGAUCAUCGGCUACAGCUCGCUCGACCAGCCCACAUCGUACGGCGCCGAGCUACCCCAGCUCGCCUCGGACUACUCGCCCAACCCUGCGGCGAACACGAACCCCUACCACGUCAACUCGGCGAUGGUCCGGGACCAGUUCUACCUCUCGGUGAACUACAACAAAUUGAUCAACGCUACCCGACAGGUGGGAAAGCUGCUCAACAUGGACGAGGAUGAUAUUUUCAGGGAGGAAUCAGUGUCGCCGUUCAACCGCCAGGAACCAUGGGUUCUGCCUGAGAGUGCCGCGGACUUGCAGCCUACAGAGAGGCAGUUGUCGGUGCCCCACCAUCCCUACAUCGAUGUCCUGCCCUUCCGGGAGAUCAGGGACUUCAUGCUAGAGUAUGCGCAGGAGGGCGUCCGCACGGGUGACUAUCAGGAUGAGGAGAGGAUCUGCUCGGAUGUGCAUGAGAACUGGGGGGUCUGGGGCGAAAGCCCUUUCGAGAGCCGCAGCUAUGAGGCCGGCGAGGAGUUUAUUAGGUGAGGAGUUUUACUUCUUGGGUCUUGCAUUUUGUUUUUUUUUACCUUUUG